UUCUUAUUAUAAUUAAUUGUAUUUGUUGUUAUAUUGUUCACAACAACGCUUUAAUUUGGGUGCAUUUAUUAUCUUAAAACAUAUAAGUAUAAUCAUGUAAUGACUCUUAAAUACAAUUAAAUUUUCCAAUGAAACCACAAACGUUAGUGUAUUUCAUUGUGAUGUUAUAAACCAUCACAAAUUCGUGCAUAAAUGUGAAGUGGCAGAAAAAUUAUACAUUAUUAACUUUUUUUAUUUACAAAAAAAUACCUGAAAAGUAGUGUGCAUUUGUAUUUAGCCCCCUUGUGCACAAUACUUUGUUUAACCAAAGUUAUGCAAAUAUAGAAUUCAAAACACAUAACGUCCCCGGAUCCAGGAGGGUUAGUCGGAUACAUCAGGAAAAACCUUUUAAACAAAGGAAACAAGCGAGGCUUCUCACAGGAGGGAUAAACUCCUGCUUUUCAUAGUUCGAUGUUUAUAUACGUCGCCUGGACGGGUGUGGGCGGGGUCCUCGCUGCUGUUUUUCUUAGGUAGCCUGUUAAAAUGCCCGAACUCAAAACACUUCUUUUUCCAAGAUGGCGUCGAUGAAGGACAGCGACACCGGCCUGUGGCUUCACAACAAAUUGGGAUCCACGGACGAGCUGUGGACGCCACCGAGCAUUGCCUCCCUUCUCACUGUGUCAGUAAUCGACAACAUACGGUUAUGUUUUUCCAGCCUGUCGCCGCCGGUGAAGCUCAAACUGCUGCUCGGGAUGCUGCAUCUGCCCAGGCGGACCGUUGACGAGAUGAAGGAGGCCCUGUCCGAGAUAAUCCAGCUGGCUACGGUGGAUUCAGAGCCCUGGGUGCUGAUGGUUGCAGAUAUCCUCAAGUCCUUCCCAGAGACCGGAUCUCUCAACCUGGACUUGGAGGAGCAGAAUCCGAAUGUGCAGGAUAUUCUCGGUGAACUCAGGGAGAAAGUGGGCGAGUGCGAGGCAUCAGCCAUGCUUCCUCUGGAAUGCCAGUACCUGAACAAGAGUGCACUGACCACUCUAGUUGGACCACUCACACCCCCCGUCAAACAUUUCCAGCUCAAGAGGAAGCCCAAGAGUGCAACGCUGAGAGCAGAACUGCUUCAGAAAUCAACAGAAACGGCUCAGCAGCUCAAGAAGACGGCCGGGGUGCCUUUUCACGCCAAAGGGAGAGGACUGGUUAAAAAGAUUGAUACUACCACUCCUCUCAAAGGGAUUCCCAAGGCUCCGUUUCGCAGCCCCACUGCUCCCAGUUUAUUUAGCCCUCCCAGUAACCGCACACCCAUCGCUCCCCCACGGACUCCACUACGGAAGGAGAGAGGGGUCAAGCUUUUAGAUAUUUCAGAGUUGGACAUGGUUGGAGCUGGAAGAGAGGCUAAGAGGAGAAGAAAGACUUUGGAACCAGAACCUGGAGAAAAAGCAGCCAAAGAAGAGUCGGUGGUGGAGAACACCACACCAGAUUAUGCUGCUGGCCUCGUCUCGGCACAGAAACUUGGGGCACUAAACGAGAAUCCCCUGCCAUCUACCAGCUACUUACCAGCCACGCCCAGCAUGGUUCCCUCCUCCUCCUACAUUCCCAGCUCCGAGGCACAGCCAGCCAAUGCUGGUGGAUCUGGGCGGGACACGCUGCAGGCAGCUCGCCAGCCAGAGGAGUCCACAACAGCGGCCGCUGGUGCCGGCUCGACCUUACCGAACCAGUAUAAGCAGAGGACGCCUAUGUACAACGCGAGCUCCACAGCAAACCCCGCGACCCCCACAUCCCCCAGCACGCCGACCUCCACGCCUGCCAACAAUGGGCCCCCAGCAGCUGCGACGGCAAGCCAACCGGAGACACCCACCACCCCUCAGACCCCUACGCCCGCACCAGCACCUACGCCAGCACAACCCCAGCCCAAAAAGAACCUCUCACUCACGAGAGACCAGAUGUACGCUGCUCAGGAGAUGUUCAAGACAGCGAACAAGGUCACCAGACCAGAGAAGGCUCUCAUACUGGGUUUCAUGGCUGGAUCCAGAGAGAACCCGUGCCCAGAGCAGGGGGACAUCAUCCAGAUCAAGCUGAGCGAGCACACAGAAGUUCUGCCCAAAGCCGACGGCACCGGCAGCACAACCAUGCUGGUCGACACGGUCUUCGAAAUGAACUAUUCAACAGGACAGUGGACCCGCCUCAAGAAAUACAAACCCAUCACCAACACUUCCUGAAGGGACAUAAUGUACUCAAAAACCCACACCUUAAAUUUAGUUCACUUCACGUUUAUAUAACACACAUAUACGGGCCAAAUCAAGCUCAAACGGGUUGUCAAGGAGAGAAAGAUCCUCCCUUUUACCACACGGCCAAAAUGGAGAGCUUCCUUUUUUGUUUUUCCCCUCAUCAUCCUUUUAUUGUUCUUUUUUAAGUCUGCUCCAGUUAUUGAACGAUGCUGUAUCAGGAGGGGUGAAGGAGCCAGUGGCUCGCUCUGGUUAAGGCAGGCACCUAUGCUUGUCUGUGCUUAGGCUUAAAGUUGUCUGUAUUUUGUAUAAAUAUCAUUUUCAACUUGUACCGUUCAAGACCAAAAAAAAUAAAAUAAAAACCACAGGCAGUUAAUGCUACUCAAUACUGUCAAGUUGUGUUUGGAGCCUUCUGGUUGAUGUUAUUUAUUUUUCAGCCUUUUUCAAAUGAAGGGAAGAAAAUAAAGUGACAGCAGACUCCA